AUGACCAUCCCACUCAGCUUUCUUGCCGAAAAAUGGGGUCGCCGAGUCAUUCUCAGACUGAAUCUCGUUUCUCGCUCGUUUCUGCUACUCUGGGCUAUCAUGAUCGGUAAUUUCGACAUGAUACUCCCAACUCGAGCUAUACUUGCCGGGCCAGUCCUAUCAGUACUCGGCGGAGACUGUGUGUUUAAUUCGCUGACAUAUUCGCUUGUAUCGAAUUUGACGGAUGAUCAUGUUCAGCGAGCCAUCUACUUUGGCUACAUGAGCUCUGUUUCCUAUGUCGUGGCAUUACUCGGCCCGGCUCUAGCUUCGGCAACCAUGUCACUAUCACUCUCACUUCCGUUCUGGCUCGGUAUAUCAUUGCUAUUAUUGGCUGUGCCGACUAUACAGAGGCUGCCUUCGCCCACAGAUAGCAAAGCUGAAGAUCUCGAUGAAGAACAGCAGGCCCCCCUUCUAUCAUCCCCACUAUUGAAGGCUCAAGAAGACGAACAGUCAAUCUUACGCUCUGUGGCAGAGCGUCUACGGACUAUCAAAGACACCGUCACAAGUCACCCAAAGAACUUCACACUAUUACUCUUCAGCUUUGUACUCACAUCGCUUGCCAGCUCUGACACAAAGCUUCUCGUGCAGUAUAUUUCCGCAAGAUACAAGUGGACGUUUGUAUCAGCUGGCUAUCUCAUAUCGGGAAAGGCAGUCGUGAACUUCACACUGCUCACGUUCGUCAUUCCCAGACUCUUGCGAGCCGCACGCUCUGUUCCAAACGAGACAUGCCUAGAAGCUGCAGACAAGUCCAACAUUCGUCAUGCCAUGUACUGCCUGUCAGUUUCUGUGCUUGGAGCCCUGGGAAUUGCGAUCGCGGUAGAGAUCUGGAUGCUUAUUCCAGCAAUGUUUAUCUACGCUCUAGGGUCCGCGUUGCCGAUCUUCACCCUCUCGCUUCUCAAGUCACCAGCUAUUUCACCAAGACAACCAUCAAACAAUGCAGAAUCGACCGAUAUUGAGAGUCACAUCUUCUCAAUUGUUAUGCUGGUCAAGACUGUAGGGUCCCUCAUUGGUGCUUCACUGAUGGCUGCACUCUGGGUCUAUGGCCUCGAGCUUGGUGGAUUUGCACUCGGCAUGCCCUUCUUUACUAGCACGGUCUGCUACGCCGUAGCUAUGUAUGUGUUUACCGAUAUCGACAUAGAUAGGUAUUGGAUGAGCCAAUAA